AUGAGAGUGCCACUGUUGAGCGCACACAAAUGCUGCUCACACCCAGUUCGACUCCCCGGAGCUCUUGACUCUCGUUCGGCACGCGGGCUUCUUCCGGUUGCGAUUCAGCGUCGAAACCAAUCGACGACACUUCCCUCUCCGUCUGCUCCGUCAAAAUCCCUUCUAGACCGGACGGCUCCUAACCCCGCCACGUUGUACUAUGACUCUGAUGCAAAGUAUCACCGAAUAUCCCUGACACCAUUACCCACCCACGUCCAGCGCAGUAUAAGCCAAGAUCUUUCCAGCACACACCCGGCGCCGCUGGACACUCCUCCCCCUCUCAAACGGACAGACUAUGACGACGGCCAGAUCCCUCUGAAAGACAAAGUCCAUCGCCUCUUCAAGGUCGGAAAGGCAUACCUGCAGUUCUACAAGACGGGCCUCAAGAACAUAUGGCGCAACUACAAGGAGCUGAGAGCCAUUCGUGCCAGAUUGGGCACGGACAAGCUUGAGGAUCUGAUCAAGUAUGGCAGACCUCGCACUCUGACGGAAGGGCGGGGCCCACGGAGUCGACAAGAGGGCGUCAAGGCGACAAAUGACCAGAUACCUCCACUGACGAGGCGAGAAUACCAACUGGCACUCCGCACCCGGCACGACCUGUUCAAACUGGUCCCUUUCUCCUUGAUACUUGCCAUCUGCGGCGAGUUCACCCCUCUGGUCAUCCUGGCCACGGGGUCUGCGGUCGUGCCGUUCCCAUGCCGAAUCCCGCAGCAAGAACGGCAGGACUUCAUGCGGCCUCUGAGCGUUCAACCCGCCGUCGACAAAGCUCUCGAGCGCGUGGCCGGCCCAGCUCGCGAGCCAGAAACCAGGCAGGCAGCGUCCCGGCCUGUCGUGAAUUGGGACUGGCGACAGGAGUUCAUCUAUGCUCACCGACUGCACCUGAACCCCUUUCUGACACCCGUACCGCUCCUGGGCGCGCUCUGGCACAGGAUCUACGUUCUCCCGCGCCUUCGCAAGCACUGCCACCAUAUCGUCUGCGACACCAUCCUCAUCAGGCGCGAAGGUGGCUUCGCCCGGCUGUCACCUCGAGAAGUGUUCCGGUGGAGCUUGAACCACGGCCUCCGCAGCCUGACACACUACGUGGAUGACAGAUCGCGUCGGGGUCUCCCGAUCGAUCCUGACUCUCCAGACUUGAAGAAAGCCCUGCUCCCUGUCGUCCAGGCCGAGGCCGACUACUUGCUCAGCGUGGACUGGUCGCGAGUCAAGCCCGAGGAUCACUGGCGCGCCGCUUUCCGACCCGUCGGAAGCGUGACACCCGAUGAUCGGAACGUUUUGCGCCGGUGA